ACAAACGCUGAAACAAAUCUGAAUCGCACCGUACUAAGGAUUUUAUGCCUCGAAAAUGGAUCUUUCCGACGACGACGAGCUACUUUUGCUUCUAUUGAGUCUUGCUAAAAAGCAAACGCGUACUAAAAGGCGAGAGUGGGUUAGUGAAUUUCUUCAAGCAAGACCCCAAAUGGGAGAAUUUCAGGUGUUGCUCGAAUCGGAUGAGGACAAAUUUUUCCGGCAUUACCGUAUGUCUCGACAAUCGUUCGAAGACCUCCACAAGCUGCUAAAAGAUGAAAUCUCUGUUAUAACAACGAACUUCAGAACCAGCAUUACAUCGAAGGAAAGGUUGGCGGUAUGCUUAAGGUAUCUGGCUCUUGGAGGUAGUCAGAAGCACAUAGCGGAUUCCUAUAGAAUUGGCCGCUCUACGGUAUCGGGAAUUGUGUCUCAAGUUUGCGAAAAAAUUUGGCAAGUCUUACAACCAAUAUAUAUGGCUGUACCAUCGCGAAAGGAAUGGGAAAAUACGUCCAUGGAGUUUCAAGCGCGGUGGGGAUUCCCGAACUGUGUUGGAGCGAUAGAGGGCAAACAUGUACACCUACGGCGACCUAUUGACGAGUCCAAAGUUUGUUCGUAUAAGGGAUUUAAUUCUUUGGUUUGUCUAACCGUUGUGGACCCCAUGUAUCGAUUUCUCAUAGUGGAUGUGGGCAGUUAUGGUGUCAAUGGAGAGAAUGACAUUCUACAAGAAUCUAAUUUCAUCGAACAUUAUUGUGACAAUCUGGAAUAUCCACCACCGUCGACAUUGCCCGACAGUGAUAUUAUCUCGCCUUACGUUUUCCUCGGGAAUGAAAGCUUUACUUUAAAAACUUUUUUAAUGAGGCCAUAUCCAAAGACCGUGUGCUUGGAUAGAAUCGAUAGAAAAGAGUUUAACGCACAUCUGAGUCAGGCUCGUACGGUAGUGGACAGAGCGUUCGGUAUUUUAACAUCGAAUUGGAAGGUAUUUUCGAAGCCUAUAGACUGUAAGCCGGAGAUAGCUGAUGCGAUAGUAAAGGCCACCUGUUGCCUUCACAACUUUCUUUUAGAGCAAAACAGUCGUCUUACAAGCGUUGAUCGUAAACGGGAAGUGCAAACAUAUCGCUCUGAAGCCGAUAAGAAAAACGAUGCUUUGAAACCGAUUGGAAAAACAAACAUCCGGUCCUCUAGAGAUGCCCUCGAAGUCAGAGAUCGUUUUGCCGAAUAUUUUAAGCUACAACAGACAACAUAAAUCUUAUGUUUCAAUCCGACAAUAAUAGUCAAUCGUUUGAUGUGAGCAAUCUUGGGACUGCAGUUUAAGUGGUUUGUGUUCGAAUAGCUAAUUAUGUUGUAAGCAGCUGCUUCAACGGUUAUCUUUCGUUUUUACCUAAUAAAAUAGUAUCUGGCCGAUUAAAAAAUAAAUACAUAGAUCUUUAUGUUCAUGGCAGGUAAUAGAUUGCUGAAGGAAGCAUUAUUUCGUGAGAUAUUUGAUUCCUGAAAACGGUGUCGAUAAGA